AUGGAGGAGACGAGCCUGAGAAAAAGGACAGGGGAUCAGAAGUCCAUCCAGAGUAAUGAGCCCAAGACCACCAGUCUCCAAAGGGAGGUGGGCCUGCUCAGUGGCAUCUGCAUCAUCGUGGGCACCAUCAUCGGCUCCGGGAUCUUCAUUUCCCCCAAGUCUGUGCUCAGCAACACGGAAGCUGUGGGGCCCUGCCUCAUCAUAUGGGCGGCGUGUGGGAUUCUUGCAACACUGGGUGCUCUGUGCUUUGCGGAGCUUGGUACGACGAUCACCAAGUCGGGAGGCGAAUACCCUUACCUGAUGGAGGCCUUUGGCCCCAUCCCUGCCUAUCUCUUUUCCUGGACCAGCCUGUUCAUCCUAAAGCCCUCAUCCUUUGCCAUCAUCUGUCUCAGCUUCUCUGAGUACGCGGCGGCGCCUUUGUACACAGGCUGCAAGCCUCCCGAAAUCGUUGUCAAGUGUCUGGCUGCUGCUGCCAUCUGGCUCAUCAUCAUGGUGAAUGCGCUGAGUGUGCGGCUGGGCAGCUACGUCCAGAACGUGUUCACAGCGGCCAAGCUGGUGAUCGUGGCCAUCAUCAUCAUCAGCGGACUCAUCCUCCUGGCCCAAGGAAAUACGAAGAACUUUGAAAAUUCUUUUGAGGGCACAAAACUGUCCGCGGGCGCCAUCGGGCUGGCAUUUUAUAAUGGACUCUGGGCGUACGACGGAUGGAAUCAACUCAAUUACAUCACAGAAGAACUCAGAAACCCUUUCAGAAACCUGCCCCUGGCUAUCAUCAUUGGGAUCACGCUAGUGACAGUGUGCUACAUCCUCAUGAAUGUUUCCUACUUCACUGUGAUGACAGCAACCGAGCUCCUGCAGUCACCGGCAGUGGCCGUGACAUUUGGUGACCGUGUUCUCUAUCCGGCCUCUUGGGUGGUUCCCCUCUUUGUGGCGUUCUCCACCAUCGGUGCCGCGAAUGGGUCCUGCUUCACAGCCGGCAGACUCGUUUAUGUUGCAGGCCGAGAAGGCCACAUGCUCAAAGUGCUCUCGUACAUUAGUGUCAAGCGCCUGACGCCAGCCCCUGCCAUCAUCUUUUAUGGUAUCAUAGCCACUAUUUACAUCAUCCCUGGUGAUAUCAACUCAUUAGUCAACUACGUCAGUUUUGCUGCGUGGUUCUUUUAUGGCCUGACAGUUCUGGGGCUGAUCGUGAUGAGGUUCACGAGGAAAGACCUGGAAAGGCCUAUCAAGGUGCCCAUCCUCAUCCCCAUCGUGGUGACCCUUAUAUCUGUGUUUUUGGUUUUGGCCCCAAUCAUCAGCCAGCCCGCAUGGGAGUAUCUCUACUGCGUGAUAUUUAUACUCAGCGGCAUUAUCUUUUACUUCCUUUUGGUCCACUACAAGUUCCGAUGGGCGCAGAAAAUCUCAAGGCCUCUCACCAUACACUUUCAGAUGCUGAUGGAAGUGGUCCCAGCAGAGGAGGCUCCAGAGUAAUGUGUCUCCUGCAACAGGUCCAGCUGCGGUGGCUGUUUUACUCGUUUAUGUUGCAGGCCGAGAAGGCCACAUGCUCAAAGUGCUCUCGUAC